AAAGAAGAACCCUCCAAAACUAAACACUCUUCUGGCUUGCGUCUUGUCUGCAAAAAAACUCGGAGACGCAAAGGAAGUGGCCGAACGUUUCGUAAACCUCUGGAAGCCCCCACUCUUCGCCGCCUCUCGACUCGAUUGCGACUCGGCUUGACUCAGUGAUCGAAUCGCUCCUUAACUUUCCCGCUCUCUAAUCGAAACGAGCCUGAUCGUGUUUUAAUAAUGGGAUUAAGCGAUUAAUUUCGCGUUUUCUUCCUUUUUUCAAAAAAUCAAAACCGUCCCUUUUGUGUUGGAGAUUGAAAAAUUGAGGGAUUUUCUGGGAUAAUCUGAAUGUGAAUGAUUUGAUUUCGGUGUGUGUUUGAGUGAUUUUUCUUGGCCAAUGUUGGACUUUCGAGACGGUUUCUUGGCGGCAGAGUUAGUGUUUGGGGUUUAGGGAGUAGUAUUAGGGCUUGAAAAUUGGAGUGUUAGUGAGGGUUAUGUUUAGGGUUCUUGUGGCUUAAGAGGAUGGGAGAGAACUCUGAACUUGAAGAAGGGGAGAUGAAUUGUUCUACUGAUGAAGCCGUUGUUGAUCUUGACGUUGAUCUCUCCUACAUUGACGAAAAGGUACAGAAUGUGCUUGGCCACUUGCAAAAAGAUGCACUGGACCGGUUUGGUUCAAGGUUGUAUGACUAUGGAUCAUUUUUGCCCACUUACAAACGUGUUCCGGCCGUACCACCACCAUGUCAAAGGAGUUCCUUAGGGAAUCAUGCUGUACAAAGAUUUUCAAACAGUUUACCUGCGAAGAAUGUGGUUCAGAACUUUCAGUCACUGCCUACUACUACUACAUCUUGUAAAUUGGUAAGUCUUCAGAAACCUCAGAACAAUCAAACUUCUGGCUCCCUUUUGACCCAAGCUCCUGGAAUGGUUCCCAUAAAGAAAGAAAAUGCGAGAAUACUUGGAAAUGAUUUGUCUGGACAUAAGCCAAUAAGGGUACGGAUCAAAAUGGGUUCUGAAAUCUUGUCCCGAAACGUCGCAAUGGUUUGCAAAGAUCUUGGUCUUGAUGACUCUCCAAGUGUAACAACCCGAAAGAGCCUUGUUGAUUAUAGUAGCGGAAUGCUUCCGAAUACAUCUCCGGAGAAGUCAAGUGAAUCUCCUUCCCGCAUUAUUCAGGAAAUGACUUCCAUUCCUGUCCCAGAGGAUCUACUGAUGUCGCCUCUUCCUGAUAGUCUACUUUUUGUGAAGGAUAAGAAGAAGCAAUAUACUUUAUUAGGAAAUGAACCAGUUCUUAAGGCAGGAAAGGAACCUUCUAUUCAGACACAGAACAAGCUUUCAGAUGUUUUAGGUUCUGGGGAAACUCCAAGUGGAAGGAGAAGGAAAGCCGUAGACUGCUUUGAUGUUAAUGAGACUUCAUCAGUUGGUGAGAUGAAGAAGCAAAAGGUUUUUUCCACUGGUCAGAUAGCCAGAAGAAACUCAACUUGUGAUUUAGGUGGGGCAACUUCUACUAAGGAUGGGUUUAUUGCAGAAAGUAACUUGCAAAAAGGUACUAAAAAGGAAAGAGAAAGUGAUCCCAGAACCGCAUUUGCUAAAUCAAACAAAAUUAAGGUUGUUGGGAAACAUGCUGAUAAGGAGUUAAAGACAAAUUCAACAAAGUUGAAACAGAACAAUAGCAAAGAUCAAGUUUUAUCAAAGAUGCCUUUCAAGGAUGCUGCAUAUAUCGGUCAAAAUAGCAUGGGCGUUGGGCUUGAUUCUGCGGUUGCGGUUGCGCCUUUACCCACCAGUCUUGACAUUGAUAUUUGGGCCCAAUGCGAUAGCUGUGAGACAUGGCGGCUACUGCCCUUUGGCACGAAUACUGAGCAGCUGCCUAAGAAGUGGCUGUGUAGAAUGCAAACCUGGCUGCCUGGGAUGAAUCACUGUGGCGUUAGCAUGGAAGAGACAAUAAACGCUAUUAAAUCUUUACAUGCUACUGAGGCUCGCUGUCCUGAGACUGUUGUUAAAUCUCUCUCUGAAGCUAGUAAUGCUGAUGGAAGCUACCAACCUUUAACUUCUAGUUCAUUAUCUAAUCCGGUUGAAAAGAAGCCUAUCGUGAAAAACUUAUUAUCGCAAGGAGUUUCAAGCAAUAUCCUGGCUGAUCCUGCAAAGCCUAUAAGAAGUGACCCACAUGUUCUUAAAAUAAAAAACGUAAAGCUGCCAUUAGAAACGCACAAUGCUACUCAGAUGUCCACAGACCAAAAAGCAAAGGGGCGAUCAUCAGGUACUGGUAGUCAGAUAAAGAUCAAAAAGAAAAAGGAGGGUGACAAUCAAGAAAGUGAAGGUUCCAAGCAAAUUAAGACUGGUGAUGGCAACAAACCUUCCAGAGAUAUAAAAGCAGAAGAAAUACAAUGGAAACAAAAUCUGGAUUGGACUCAAGCAGAGAGAAAAAAAAAGCGUCAUGGCAAUGAUAUUUGUACUUCGGAUGUAGAGCGAGACACAAAAAAAAGAUUACUCGCAUCUAAUAAGAAACCUGACCCCAAACCUCAACUGACAACUGGUAGUGUCUCCUUGUGGACAAAAGCUCAUGGCAGAACCAACAGUCUUGUGAGAAAAAUAAGGUUGACGGGUUACAAGCAAGGUAACAAUGGGAGCAGUUCAAAAUUAUCUGCAGAUGGUGAGGAAAAAGUGCCCUCAAUGGAAAAGAGGAUAACAGUCCAGGAAGUUAAAGCACGCCAAAGGAAUGAGAUGUUUCAGGCUGAUGGCCAUCGAGAACACCAGAAUGCUGAUGCCUCAUGCAAAUACUUCUCUGGUGGAAGUGGGCAGAUUUCUGGGGUAGAAACAUCAAGCUCCGCGAAGGUUUUAGGAUCACAUAAAAGUGGAAGAAGGUAUGUGGAAGAAGAAGUAAAAGCAUCCCCUGUGGAAUCAGUUUCCUCUUUCCCUGCAAGGACUUCAUGCCGGAAAAAUCUUGCAUUAGCUGGAGAGAGCAUAUCUCGACAAAACCAAAACUUGAAAUGUGGUGAUGCUGGGAGUAAAAUUGUUAAGAAUAGAAAACACCUAUCUCAGGAAGCUGAUUGUGAGUUUUUGUCGACAACUCAUCCUAGAAAUAGAAACCAGGCAAAACCAGAAGUAUUUAAACAGAACUCAGAGUUUGGUGAUUUGCCUUGCACAAGUAUGGAAAAAGUCCUCGAAAUUAGAGCUGGGAUCAAGAAUUUCAGUGCCAUUACUCAUGAGACUAUGGAUAGAUCCUCCCAGGCUGCGAAUGAUAUACUUCAAGAGGCUGAAAAGCUGACAAAGCUUGCUGACUGUUUCAAGAGCUUUGGAUAUGAUUAUGAACACAAGGAGGCCAACUUUAAAGCGGCUCUGAUGUUUCUCCUUGGAGCUUCACUUUUAGAAAGGUGCACUACUGAGAAUGUGGAAGUGGCAAAGAUGAACCAUGUGGAAGCUUACCAUACUGCUGCAAAACUUUCAGGAAGUUGCGCCCUUCAGUAUGAAAAAAGCCAAGAGAUGGCUGCAGCUGCUAUGGCCUAUAAAUGCGUGGAAGUUGCUUGCAUGAGAGUAGUGUAUGGUACAAGUCAAGGUCUGAGUGGAGAAUUCAAUGAAUUGCAAAAAAUGGUACAGAUGAUGACUCCUCAAGGUGAAUCACCAUCGUCAUCUACAUCUGAUGUGGAUAGUUUUUGUAAUCAAGGGGUGAUUGAUAAGUCUGCUAAAACUAAAAGAGGUCUCUCCAAUGUUGCUGGAAACACACUCCCUGUUGCUAGAAGCCCGCAAAGUUUUGCUCCGCUAUUGGACUUUACAGAGACCAUGAAUCUAGCAAUGGAAGCCUCAGCAAAAUCCCAAGACGCUUUUAGAGAAGCCAGUGUCACCUCAGAAGAAACGCAGCAUGGAGACUAUGUCUCUGCAAUCAAGAAAGUUGUCGAUUUUAGUUUCCAUGAUGUGGAAGCGCUUAUUCAGAUGAUUGAGGUCGCCAGGGAUGUUCUAAGUCCAUCAAAGUUCCGUGGCCCAAAGUGUUGACUCUAUUUUGUACAUAGGCUCUAGUCCUAUAAAGAAUAGAAUAGUCUUAUUAAUUAGCAAAUUUUGCAAUGCCUAGCUUUCAAGGCUUAUUACCCUUGAAUAGAUUAGGAAAGGAGGACUUGGAUAGAGGACACUAGACAGGAACUUAAGGUCUUAAGUUUGCAGUAACUCUUAGUGUCCUGUUUCAGGUCUUUCUUCUUUUUGGUCUCCGGGUAUCCAACAUUAAUUAAAGAAUAGUUAUAGAAGAGUAGCAGGAUCCUUAGAUAUAGUCAUUUAAACAAUUGGAUAGUGCGCGCUAUAUGAGAGUUGUGACAAGACACUGCUCUAUGCCCUCUAAUCAUGUUACAAAAACUAUUAUUGGAAUGGAAAACUUCAAUUUUUUUUUUUGCGGUAAUUUGUCAAGAUCAUGUUCAGCUUCUUCUGAUUUUUCAUCUUGCAUAGUCGCUUUUUGCAUUUGCUAUUGUCCGAUCUUGAUGUCAGUGGUUAAGUUUUAGACAUUCAUACUGCAGCAUAACGGUAUUUCGGUACACCAUAC